GGGCGGGUCACAUGAUCGGGCUCAGCUGACGGCUGGCCGGGGCGGGGCGCAGCGCAGGCAGGGCUCUGCCAUGGAGCGCGCUGAGCCGGUCUGGGAGCGGGCCUGGGCCCUGGACGAGAUCCGCAAGGGCAGCCAGAGCUGGUCGCUGGCAGCUGACGCCGGCCUUCUGCAUUUUCUGCAAGAGUUUUCCCAGCAGACCAUCUCCAGGACGCAUGAAAUUAAAAAGCAAGUAGACGGACUGAUUCAUGAAACAAAAGCCACAGACAGUCGCCUACGUAAUGUCUUCAAUGACUUUCUUAUGUUGUCCAACACACAGUUCAUUGAAAAUAGAGUAUAUGAUGAAGAAGUAGAAGAAUCUAUUCCCAAAACUGAAAUAGGAGACAAAGCAGAACAGGUUAGAUAA